CGUCCUGACAGCAUCAACGUGUGGUGCAUGCCUGUACUGCAAGCAUAUGGCAUUGUGUGUGGUGGUGAAGGUUGGCGGGCCUGGUGGCCUCUCUCUCUCUCCCCGAAUCCCCCUGUAACCUUGUUUCUGCGUUUUCCCCACCAUCAUAUUCCACCACCUUUUCCCCACCCACAACCCAAAAUCCCAACUGACCAACCAAAUUCGCUCGUUCUAUUGCCACUGUCGUUAUCAUCAUUAUUCUUAUUCCUUGCUUAUUAUCUCUCAAUCACGAUGGCUACAAACGCCGCUUUGACACCAGCCGGAAAUAUUGAAUUUCCACUAGUAAGUGAGACAUGAGUUCUCAGGGAAGUGGAAAUUCCCGUUGGGUGGUAUUCGAUGAUUACGCUUUCAUGGAGGACAUCCCAGUCCCCUCUCUUCUCGACCCCACCGCUUUUGCUUCUCCUACUUGGCCGCCUCAUCUCUCUUUCCCUGCCUCCACCUCUCUCAGUGUGGAGAAUGGAGGUUCAUUUCUGAAUUCAGACUGUCUCAAGGAAAUUGGCUCUCGAAAAAGGGUGAGGUAUGAAUCAUGCAGUAUAUCUAGUUCAAAAGCAUGCAGAGAGAAAAUGCGGAGGGAUAGACUGAAUGACAGGUUCCUGGAAUUGAGUUCAAUCCUGGACCCUGGAAGACAUCCCAAAAUGGACAAGGCUGUUAUAUUGGGCGAUGCUGUGCGAAUGGUGUCUCAAUUACGAGGUGAAGCCCAGAAGUUGAAGGAGUCGAAGGAGAAUCUGCUGGAGAAGAUUAAUGAAUUGAAGGAAGAAAAGAAUGAGCUUCGUGAUGAGAAACAGAGGCUAAAGACAGAGAAAGAGAAGAUUGAGGUGCAAGCAAAAGCUCUGAGUUCUCAAUCAGGAGGUUUGCCUCAUUAUUCUGCAAUCCCAGCUACAUUUUCUGCCCCAGGCCAAUUUAUUGGCAACAAGCCAGUGCCAUUUAUUGGGUAUCCUGGAGUUUCCAUGUGGCAGUUCAUGCCACCAUCUUCUUUUGAUACCUCACAAGACCAUGUUCUUCGCCCCCCAGUUGCAUGAAUUUGCAGGCUUAAUUUUUUUGUUAUGCAAUCCUUUAUGCAUAAGGAAGUCUCUGUUCAUCUUGUUAUCUCCAAAUCUAUGAGGGUUGAAAUUAUAACACUGGAUAAGUUGGAUGAUAAAUCUUAUUCAAUAUUUUGGAACUGCCAUCUCAAUGGCCUGGAUGUUCUUGAGGAAAGAGUUUUUUACCUUGA